UUUAUUCACCCCGAUUAGUGCCACAACCAGAACCCCAAAACUUCACUGCUUAGUGUAGAUUUCUAGGCUAACUCAAAACGACUAGAUGAACACUUUUUUGCCACCAUCAGGACCACGGCUCAAUUUUCAGGAGGCACAAUGACCAACAAAUACAAGACGAAACGUGUAGAAGAAAUUGAGAGAAGUCUUAAACAGGAUACUGCAUUACUCUUUUUCAUCAAUGAUGUCAUGGAACGGAAUGUACAACUCAACAUGAGGAUGGAGUCCAUCUUCUCUUCACUAUAUGGUAAACUGGAGAGCCUGGAGCAUGGAAUCAUGCCAAUGUAUGAGGAAGCACAGAGGUUAAAACAGCUGGAGCUUAACACAGACCUAACCCUGGCACAGCUAGAUCAUGUAAUUUCUCAUUACAAUGUCAGAGAGACCACAGCAUGGAUCAUUAGUCAAGGUCCCACAGGACGACUGGAAGAAUAUCUUGACUGUUUAGACCAGAUCAAGACAGCCAUGGAGUAUUUUCAGGAAGUUAUCCCUGAGGGUCCUGAGUUAAAAGCACUGAGACAGACCAAGAAUUCAGCCAAAGCGCAGCUGUGGUGUGAAUUCAAGAGGUUGUUGCUAAAGUGCAGUGACCCUGCCUCUCCAACUGACAUCCUGAAUCUGAUAGAAGAAGAGGAGGUGUUGGGCACUCAGAAAGAGGAUGUGGGCAUCCCCAGUAUUCUGCUGCAGGACAUGGUGUUAAUCUCCACCUGGUUUGUGGAGGACUGCUCCAGCUUUGAUUGCUGGCUAGAGGACAUGGACAAUGCUGACGAGGCUUCCAUGUUGAACGGUGGGAAAAAAUUGAAAACUAGGUCACUAGACCGAGACACUUGGAGAAGUCCCCACAAGAGGAGAACAGCAUCAUGGUUAAUCAACAAGAUGAGGAUCCGCUCACUGGACCGACCCUCAAACCUGGGGCCCCUACCACGCCCCAAGGAAGACUCUAAAUCCCGUGAACUGCCAGACAUCAUUGAAGAGGAGAGUCCGCUUACUUUGUCAAACAGUCAGAGCAGACUGAAGACACGGUCUCUUGAUCGCUUGAUAUCACCAAACACUUUCAAAGCACCUUUUCCUGGAAGCCCCUUCACAAGGAAGACCGUGUCAUGGGGGAUAGGCAAAAAGAAGACCCGCUCACUAGAGCGACACCCAAGUUUCGAGCCUGUGCGAGUAGUCAACAUCUUUACUGCAUAUUCCAAGGCACGAUCAUGUCGCUUGCACCACUCUCUCAAGGAUUUCAAAGAUCACUUGCGCAAGAGAAGUGUUUCCUCCACAAGCCUGCUCUCCUUGUCUUCCUCCUCCUCCUCAUAUUCCUUGUCAUCGUCUUCGUCUUCCUCACUCAGCUCCUUCAGGGGCAGCCUUGCGAGGAUCUUCAAGAGACGAGGGAAGGAUGGCUGGUGUGACAUCAACAUUGAUUGCUACAGUCAGUGCCUCAAGGCCUUCAGUCUGCUGGCCAGUGUGGAGUUCUCUGCCCUUUCCAGAGUCUUUCCUCAGAUUCACUGGAAGAAGACCUUUGACCCGCUGGUGCAGGAAGCUUUAGAUGUGCUGAUUGAGGAAGGGGAGUACAUCGUCUAUGUUGUGCGCAAUGCCGUGAAUGCCUACCAUGUUUAUGAUGCCCUGCUGACAGUCCUCCGUGCCCUUAACACCCUCAGGGCUGCACAGUCAAGCAUCAGCAAGGUGCUGGAGCACACAACCAACAAAACCAAGGACAAGUUGCCCAAUCUCAUUGAGUCCAUGGGAACGUUUGCGCGGCAAGCUUUGGACAAGUAUCCCAGUGGAAUUAUGGAAGAAUGGAGUAAGAAAAGAAAGAUGCCAGUGGAUGGGACAGUUCAUGAGCUGACCAGCAAUGUCGUUCUCUUUCUAAGCCAGCUGGUUCAGUUGAGGUCAACAGCAGAGCUUUUUCGGGUUCCAGCUUCCAGGGAACCAGGCAGUGAGACCCCAGAUGAUGAUAUCACAUGUCUGAGACCAUUCAUUUCUGAGGUGCUCGAGCAGAUCUUCCUGUGUCUGCAGAGCAUGGCCACUACAUACGAUGACCCUUCCUUAAGGGCCAUCUUCCUGUUCAACAACUACAACUUCAUCCACAAAUCUUUUUCGAGGGCUCAGCUGAGAGGGCUGUGGGAGGAAGGCGCUGAUGCACCGCAGGCUGUGUGGGAGAGGAGGAUGGAGGAGCAGAAGCAGAAAUAUCUCCAAAGCUGGUUGGCGGUUAUUGAGCACCUGAAGGAUGAAGGGAUUCCUCCUGCACAGCCAGGCUCUGAGCCAACAGAAAAGGAGUGUCGCUUGAUCAAAGGAAAAUUUAAGAGUUUUAACAGCAGCCUAGAGGAGCUGCUCGGGACACAGAGGGAGUGGGCCAUCCCUGACCCAGACCAGAGAGAGGCUCUCUCCAGGGGCCAGGUCUAUGUGGUGGGACAGGCCUACAGGGCCUUUCUGCAGAGGUAUGAGCAGGUUAACUUCACCAGACACCCACAGAAGUAUAACAAGUACAGCCCUGAGGAACUGGAUGAGAUGAUAGAGAGGUUCUUUGACAACCUAAUCUGACUAGGGAUCUGCUAUCGAACUACAUGGUGUUCACUGGCGUUCAGUAACUUUUCCUUUGCAGUGCUUUGCAUGUUCUUUGAUGAAAUCUGCUAAAUAAAUAUAUCUCUAUUUCAAA